CUGCUCCACAUGAAGAGCAACAAGUACCUGACGGUGAACAAACGGCUGCCGGCUCUGCUGGAGAAGAACGCCAUGAGGGUGACGCUGGACGGCACCGGGAACGAGGGCUCCUGGCUCUUCAUCCAGCCCUUCUGGAAGCUCCGAGCCAACGGAGACAACGUGGUGGUGGGCGAUAAAGUCAUCCUGAACCCGGUGAACGCCGGCCAGCCGCUGCACGCCUCCAACUAUGAACUGAGCGACCAUCCAGGAUGCAAAGAGGUGAACUCGGUGAACUGCAACACCAGCUGGAAGAUCAACCUGUUCAUGAUGUUCAGCGACCACAGAGAGGAGGUCCUGAAAGGAGGGGACGUCGUCCGUUUGUUCCAC